UUGAACCAACCGGACCGGUGUUCUGGGUGUUCUUCUCCUUUUUGCCCGCAACGCAGCCCGCAGCCGUUGUUCUGUGUUUCCCGGGCGUCUGUGUGUGUGUGUGUCGCGCGCGUAGCAGACGUUCUGUGAAGACGCCCACUAGCGGGGUAUUAGCGCACCCGUUAGAGCGUUCCACCAGGCCGAAGAAAGGCGUCCUUUCCACCAAGUGGACCAAGUGUGAGUCUGCGCGCCCGCGCGCGCACCUGUGUGUAUGUGUGUGUGUGUGUGUGUGUUGAUCGUCUUAGUGAUUGAUCGUUUGAUUGAUCUUCUCCAAAUAUACCUAGCAGCCGAGGAGUCCAAAGUGUCUAUCCAGCUGUGAGGUGUGUGUGUGUGUGUGCGAGCACGCCCUGAAGGUAGAUUUAUUUGUAAAGUGUUUGUUUGCCUGGACCAUCAACAAACCGUUCUACAACUUGAUCUACAAUCAAACCACUCCGCACAGCAGCAGUAGCAGCAGCAGCAGCAGAAGAGUAUAGACCAACAGGGGUGCUAGACGUCAGUUGCGCGCGGUGAUCGGCUGCACAGUGUGUGUGUGUGUGUGUGUUUUCAUCGCCCAUCAACACGCCCGCCGGCUGAAGCAAGGAACCGGGAACCAUCAUGGCGCGGCGUGAUUCCGGGCUCGACUACAUGAUGAAGCUCGGUUACACCGUGGUGCUGGUGACGGUCGGGCUGAUGGUCUGGGCGUCGAUGGCCCGGGCCCGUGAGCUCGAUGCCCCGUCCGGCCACCCACCGUGUGCGUUCAACGCGCUCUGUUCCUGCUCGAAGAGUGCCCCGGAUCUCGGUAUCGUCCGCUGCCACGAUGUCCUCUUUCCGGCCGUCCCCAAGAUGAUCAACACCUCCAAGCUCUACUCGCUGACGAUGGAUGGGACCGGGCUGCGGGUGCUGGAACCGCACUUCCUCCAAGCGACCGGCCUGUACCGGCUCGCCCUCAUCGGCAACCCACUGACGGACGUACCGGACGAGGCGUUCUACGGCCUGGAGCGUUCCCUCUGGGAGCUCGCCCUCGAGCACAACCGGCUGAUCGAGGUACCGUCCCGGGCGAUCCGGAACCUCCGCAAGCUUCGUCUCCUUAGCCUGCGCGGUAACGAUCUGACCACCAUCGAACCGGACGCUUUCCGCGGUAUCGAGACCUCCCUGCAGACGCUCGUCCUAGCGGAGAACGGGAUCGCCCAGCUAGCGCCCGGCUCACUGGCCGGCCUACCGGCCCUCGAAACGCUCGACCUGUCCGGCAACGGGUUGCUGCAGCUCGAUCCGGCCGCACUGCGCGACGGUCUCGGACGGCUCGCGCGUCUCAUUCUCGCCGACAACCUACUGCAGUACGUACCGUACGAUGCGCUGGCCGGCCUCGAACGGCUCCGAACGCUCUCGCUUGCCCGAAAUCGGCUGCAGACGCUGGGACCGGAUCCGGAUACCGGUGCCGGCGCCGGCGCCAACGCCUUAGGCCGUCGCCUCACACUCGAUACGCUCGACCUGGGGCAGAACGAGAUCCGGGCGUUGGCCGGCACCUCGUUCGGUUACUUCGAUACCGCCAACGUGACGCUGCUCGAUGGUAAUCCGCUGCACACGAUCGACGACAAUGCAUUUCGGUCGGCAAAAAUUCGCGAACUGUACGUACGGCACUGUGACCUCGGCUAUCUCGAGCCGGAAGCGUUCGCUGGGCUCGAGGGGUAUCUGCAGGUGCUCGACCUAUCCGGUAACAAUCUGACCGAGCUGCCCGACGAGCUGUUCCGUGGUUUCGACAGUUUAAGGCAUCUCAACGUGAAGGACAACGUGCUGCGUCCGGUGGACGGUGGCCACCGCAAUGCAUCACCAUUCGCCGGGCUGCACCUAUACCAGCUCGAUAUGGUCGGGCAACGGAACAAACCAACAGUACUAACGGAGCUCGGUACGAUGCAAAAUCUCCGGUCGCUUGCCCUGUCGGCGGUACCGUCGACCUCGCUCGCACCGGAACACCUGGCCGCCCUCGGUCCGGAGCUGGAGGAGCUACGGUUGAACCGGGCCGCCCUCAAAUCGAUCAAAAGCCGCGCGUUCACGCACGUCCGUAGCCUGAAGCGGCUCGAUCUGAGCGAAAACCGGAUCGAUGCGUUCGAGCCGGAUGCGUUCGCGGACGUUGGCCACUCGCUGGUGGCACUCCGGGCAUCGCACGGUCUCGGUGGUCAGCUGACGGCGUUCCCGGCCGAAGCCUUCCGCCGACUGACCGCUCUCGAGGCGCUCGAUCUUAGCAACAACCGGUUGAAGGUGCUCACCGACGGUAGUCUGCAUUUGCUGCGCAAUCUCGUCAGCCUCGAGCUGCACGACAACCAGCUCGAGACGCUCGCGAAGGGUACGUUCCAGGCGGAUCUGCAUACCCGGCUGGCGACGGUUUCGCUGCGCUACAACUCGAUCCGCUCGAUUGCCACGCACACGUUCGUCGAGCUGCCCGCACUGACCGCCCUGUUCCUCGAUGACAAUCGGCUCGAGACGAUCGAGCGGCGGGCGUUUAUGAAUCUCGAUCGGCUGAAGCUGCUCAAUCUGCGGGGGAACCGGCUAACCCGGAUUGCCGAUGAAGCGUUUCAGAAUCUUCCAGAGCUGGAGAAGCUCGAUCUCGCCUACAACGAACUCAGCUCGUUCGAUUUCGACUUCUUCGAUCAGAUCGGUUCCCUAACCACGCUCGAGGUGGACGUGAGCCACAACCGGAUCCGGGCGCUCGGUGACUCACCGGACAAUGCGACCGACCAGCAGCAACAGCAGCAGCCCCAUCAGCAGCAGCAACAACUGCUGGCCCUGCAACAGCAGCAACCGCUGCAACCGCUGCAACCCCUGAAGCAGCACCCGCAGCCGCAGUCGCAGCAACAGCAGCAACAACAGCAGCAACACCCCGUGGUACACUCCAACAUUCGUUCGCUCGAUUUCUCGCACAACAACAUCAGCCGGGUGGUGGGAGGGUUUUUCCGCCCAGCCGAACAAUCGCUGAUGCGGCUCGAGCUGCAGCACAACCGGCUGGUGGUGGUGACGCGCGACCUACUCGGUACCAUGCCGCACCUACACUGGCUCGAUCUGUCCUUUAACCGGCUCACCGAGGUCGAGUACGAUGCGCUGCGCAGUCUGCGCAAGCUCCAGGUACUGCGGUUGUCCGGGAAUGCGCUGACCGAGCUACCGGCCGAUCUGUUCCGUGGUGUGCACGGUUUGCGGGUGCUCGAGCUGGCCCACAACACGCUCAAGUAUCUACCGGACGGGCUGGUGCAGAGCGAGGGUCUCGAGCGGCUCGAUGUGUCGCACAACCAGCUAACGAAGAUACCGGUGACGGCAAUCUCGAACCUAGCGGCGAUGGCACUGUGCGAGCUCGACCUCAGCCACAACCACAUCGGUGCGAUCCACAGUGUCGAUCUGAACAACAAGUUCCGUUCGCUGGCCUGGCUCGAUCUGUCCCACAACCGGUUGGUGCGGCUGGAGGAUGCCGCAUUUGCGACGCUACCCCGGCUCGCCACCCUCGAUCUGUCCCACAACGGUGAGCUGGAGGUGAUGGGCCGUGCGUUUAUCGGGCUCGAGGGUAGCCUGAUCGAGCUGCGGUUGGCGAAUGUUUCGCUCGGCGCCGUACCGGAGCUCGCCAGCCCGUCCCUGCGUACGCUGCAGAUCUCGCACAACGAGCUGCCUUCGAUACCGCCGGAGCUGGCCGCCAAUCUCAGUGCGCUCCGGUCGCUCGAUCUGUCCGAGAACGAUCUGACCAAUGUGCCGCUGAUCACGCACUCGCUGCCCAACUUGCGGAACCUGUAUCUGGCCGGCAACCCGAUUACGACGCUCACCAACACGAGCCUGCUAGGGGCGGCCGACACGCUCACGACGCUCGACAUCGCUAACCUGCAGCUGCAGUUCAUCGAGACGGGCGUCCUCAAUAAGCUGCACCAUCUGCGGUCCCUCCGGCUAUCGACGUACCCGGCGCUGGCGUCCUUCAACAUACCUCGCAUCCUCGAGAAUGCAAACAAUUUGCGCGAGCUGUGGAUCGAGGCACCGAAGUCGCACGCGUCGUCCUCCGUGUCGUCCGGGGUCGGUGCGAAGGGUAUGGACGGUGAGCUACCGAGGAAGCUGCGCACGAUCACGAUCGGUGGUACCGGGUUCAGCCGCCUCUCCGAUACGGUGCUGCGGGGUGUCCAGGCGGCAGCCCUGCAUUUCCGCCUCCACAACACCUCGAUCGUCGCGCUACCGGCUAACCUGUUCCGCAACAUCGGUCGCCCGGUACGGAACGUCUCGGUUACGAUCGACAGCGACAACGAUCUGCUGCAGAGCGUCCCGAACCCGAAUACCGCCCAUUACCUCGCGCUGCCCGAGCAUGUCUUUCUUACGGAUCUGCGCCUCGCCGGCAGUGAGCUGAGCUGCGACUGUGAGAUCGGAUGGAUCGAGUUCUGGCAGCGGAAGCGCCGGCAGUACCUCUGCCCGGCCCAACCCUGGACCCUCGAGGGUACCGGCCAGCGGACGAGCUACCUGCUGUACGGACCGGCCACCGGACCGGGGGCCGACUAUCGGGCCGCGGACUGUGAGCGAUCGGCGGACGAUUUGCGGGAGGCACGGUGCAGCAACCGGAACCGGGAGCUGCUGCUGGAGGUGCUGAAGAAGGAGCUCGAGUGUGGGUGGGGUAGUGGGGCGACCCGGCUCGGUCUCGUACCGGCCGUCGCCUUCGUGCUCGUCUUCAUCGUGCUGCUGAUCUGACUCAUGCGCUACCUGUUCCGGAUGUACAGCGAGUUCUACGAUUACCUCGAGCAGCUGUACGGUGAGCGGAGCGUGAUCGGGGCGAACGGUGCGGUCAUCGUCGGGAGCUACCUCGACGACGGCUGCGACUACAGCAGCGAGCUGGACAUCGAGCUGGACGAGCUGUAGCCAGGAGCGAGCUGGAGGAAU